UCGCCGCUGGGCCUCGGCCCAGAAGCCACCACAGGCGACACGGAGCCGCCAGUGCUGGAGGGGGAGCCGUGGGUGCGGGGCAGCGUGGGGGCAGAGGCCGCGGGGCGCCCUCCCGGCCCGAGACCCCGCUCAGCCCGGGCGCCCCCACGAGUGCCCCCCCCUUCCUGGUCCGAGCAGUGCGAGUGUGCCAGGGAGCCCAGCAGCGGCGGCGUGGAAGCCGGCGUGGGCUGGGGAGUCCGAGCCGCGGGGGGCAGUGCCAUGCACAAGCACCAGCACUGCUGUAAGUGCCCUGAGUGCUACGAGGUGACCCGCCUGGCCGCCCUGCGGCGCCUCGAACCUCCGGGCUACGGAGACUGGCAGGUGCCCGACCCCUAUGGUCCAGGUGGGGGCAAUGGGGCCAGCACAAGCUAUGGGGGCUACAGCUCGCAGACCCUGCCUUCGCAGGCUGGGGCCACCCCCACCCCCCGCACCAAGGCCAAGCUCAUCCCCACUGGCCGGGAUGUGGGGCCAGUGCCCCCCAAGCCAGUUCCAGGCAAAAGCACCCCCAAACUCAACGGCAGCGGCCCCAGCUGGUGGCCUGAGUGCACCUGCACCAACCGGGACUGGUAUGAGCAGGUGAAUGGCAGUGAUGGCAUGUUCAAGUAUGAGGAGAUAGUACUUGAGCGGGGUAAUUCCGGCCUGGGUUUCAGCAUCGCAGGUGGCAUCGACAACCCCCAUGUCCCUGAUGACCCUGGCAUCUUCAUUACAAAGAUCAUCCCUGGUGGAGCAGCUGCCAUGGAUGGGAGGCUGGGGGUGAAUGACUGUGUGCUACGGGUGAAUGAGGUGGACGUGUCAGAGGUGGUGCACAGCCGAGCCGUGGAGGCGCUGAAGGAAGCAGGCCCUGUGGUGCGGUUGGUGGUGCGGAGGCGACAGCCCCCACCAGAGACCAUCAUGGAGGUCAACCUGCUCAAAGGGCCCAAAGGCCUGGGUUUCAGCAUUGCUGGGGGCAUUGGCAACCAGCACAUCCCAGGAGACAACAGCAUCUAUAUCACCAAGAUCAUUGAGGGGGGUGCUGCUCAGAAGGAUGGACGUCUGCAGAUUGGGGACCGGCUACUGGCGGUGAACAACACCAACCUGCAGGAUGUGAGGCAUGAGGAAGCUGUGGCCUCACUGAAGAACACAUCUGAUAUGGUCUAUUUGAAGGUGGCCAAGCCAGGCAGCCUCCACCUCAACGACAUGUACGCACCCCCAGACUACGCCAGCACUUUUACUCCCUUGACUGACAACCACAUAAGCCAUAAUUCCAGCCUAGGUUAUCUCGGGUCUGUGGAGAGCAAGGUCAGCUAUCCAGCUCCUCCUCAGGUUCCCCCUGCCCGCUACUCUCCUAUCCCUAGGCACAUACUGGCUGAGGAGGACUUUACUAGAGAGCCUCGAAAGAUCAUCCUGCACAAGGGUUCCACAGGCUUGGGCUUCAACAUAGUAGGAGGAGAGGAUGGAGAAGGCAUUUUUGUCUCUUUCAUCCUGGCAGGAGGCCCAGCUGACCUGAGUGGAGAGCUUCGCAGGGGAGACCGGAUCUUAUCGGUGAAUGGAGUGAACCUGAGAAAUGCAACUCAUGAGCAGGCUGCAGCUGCUCUGAAACGGGCUGGCCAGUCAGUCACCAUUGUGGCCCAGUACAGACCUGAAGAAUAUAGUCGCUUUGAAUCGAAGAUACAUGACUUGCGAGAGCAAAUGAUGAACAGCAGCAUGAGCUCUGGGUCUGGGUCCCUUCGAACAAGUGAAAAGAGGUCCUUGUAUGUCAGGGCCCUGUUUGAUUAUGACCGCACUCGGGACAGCUGCCUGCCAAGCCAGGGGCUCAGCUUCUCUUAUGGCGACAUUCUACAUGUCAUUAAUGCCUCCGAUGAUGAAUGGUGGCAGGCGAGAUUGGUAACUCCACAUGGAGAAAGUGAGCAAAUUGGUGUGAUCCCCAGUAAGAAGAGGGUGGAAAAGAAAGAACGAGCUCGAUUGAAAACAGUGAAGUUCCAUGCUAGAACGGGGAUGAUUGAGUCUAAUCGGGACUUCCCUGGGUUAAGUGACGAUUAUUAUGGAGCAAAGAAUCUGAAAGGACAAGAGGAUGCUAUUUUGUCAUAUGAGCCAGUGACACGGCAAGAAAUUCACUAUGCAAGGCCUGUGAUCAUCUUGGGCCCAAUGAAGGACCGAGUCAAUGAUGACCUAAUCUCGGAAUUCCCGCAUAAAUUUGGAUCCUGUGUGCCACAUACUACCCGACCUCGGCGUGAUAAUGAAGUAGAUGGACAAGACUAUCACUUUGUGGUAUCCAGAGAACAAAUGGAGAAGGAUAUUCAGGACAACAAGUUCAUUGAGGCAGGCCAAUUCAAUGAUAAUCUUUAUGGGACCAGCAUCCAGUCAGUCCGGGCAGUUGCAGAGAGAGGCAAGCACUGCAUCUUAGAUGUUUCUGGCAAUGCUAUCAAGAGGCUGCAGCAAGCACAACUUUACCCCAUUGCCAUUUUCAUCAAGCCCAAGUCCAUUGAAGCACUUAUGGAAAUGAACCGACGGCAGACAUAUGAACAAGCAAAUAAGAUCUAUGACAAAGCCAUGAAACUGGAACAGGAGUUUGGAGAAUAUUUUACAGCCAUUGUACAGGGUGACUCACUGGAAGAGAUUUAUAACAAAAUCAAACAAAUCAUUGAGGACCAGUCUGGGCACUACAUUUGGGUCCCAUCCCCUGAAAAACUCUGAAGAGUCUCCAACCAUUCUCUUGUGAACAGAAGAAAUCAAGUCCCUCUUCCCUCCUCCCUCUUCAUUCCUAUCCCCAUG